ACUAGGCGACAGAGCCGGAAGGUUUAUAAAGAAAUGAAAAUGAACUUUAAAGACUUUACUAAACAUUUCGUAUUCUAACAAAUGAUGUAGAAUUACCGACGAGCUGGUGAAGUUUUUUUUAUUAUUUUAGGAUUGAUAACUCUCUUGGUAUGGCUUUUGAGUUAUAAAGAUGGUUCGCAAACUCAAAGUACAGGUCUUUCUUUGGACUUUUGGACUCUACCUACAAGUUAUAAAUGGUCUUACAAUCUUAAAGGAAGAAACACUUAAAGGUUUGAUUGUCAUCGAAGAGACCCCAAUAGGAACUGUCAUCGCCAACGUCACCACCGACUCUACGGGGUUGUCAUUCUCGCUUUCUGGUGGUGCUGAUGUAUUUGGUAUUAAUAAUGUGACUGGGUCGAUCUUUGUGAAAAGCAGACUCGAUAGGGAGAUCAUUGGAGGGAAAGUUGACGUAACAAUAGAAGCUACCAAAACGAUGCCAUGUACACCUGAAACCUGCGCCAAUGUCAAAGCUUGGUUCAUCAUUAGUGACAUAAACGAUAAUACACCGCAGUUCUCAAGUCUACAUUACUCCGUGAACAUCAGCGAGAAAUCUACAUCGGGACUCUCAGUUUUAACUAUGAGCGCAACAGAUAUGGAUGCAGAAGAAAUCAAUCAACGUGUAAAUUAUGCAAUAGUCAGCGGAAAUGAGGAUGGCAUUUUCGAUAUCGACUUUAAUAAAGGCGUAAUACGUCUUGCACGUGAACUAGACUUUGAGCAGAUGACACAGUACAAGUUGAACAUUAGUGCAUCAAAUCCUCUUACGAACGAUACGGUGAUACCGAAGAAUGGAUUAUCGAAUUGGACGAUGGUGACGGUGAAUGUACUGGAUGCUGAUGACCUACCAGUCAGAUUCAACAAUUACUCAUACAGCGCAAGCAUCCCCGAGAAUGCAGCCAUGGGCUCUGUGGUGAUGCAAGUGCAUGCGAAAGACUUGGACAAGUCAAUCAACGCUCCCGUAACAUAUGCCAUUGACAAGGAAACAAACCCAUUGCGAAUGUUCAAUAUCGCCAACAUCACGGGAGAGAUAACACUCAAUGGUUCGCUGGACAGGGAAACAAUUGCUGAGUACAGACUACGAAUACUUGCAUAUUGCACGAUUUAUCAAGAUCACACGGAAGUUCUCAUUACCGUGACAGAUGUCAAUGAUAACAUCCCUUUAUUCACACUGCCCUCGUACAACACAACUGUUAACGAGAAUGCAGCUAUUGGCACAUAUGUCAUUCAAGUCCAAGCAGAGGAUAUUGAUCAGGGAGUGAAUGCUAGCUUCAUUUACGAAAUUGCUUAUGCCAGCCAUGAGUUUGUCAUUGGCGAACAUUCAGGAAUCAUCAUAGUAAAUGGAACCCUUGAUCGUGAAAAGAAAGACUUCUACAGUAUAACCGUGAUUGCAAGAGAAACAGAAACAAGUGGUGGUUUCCAUAGCAAUGUCACCAUAACGGUCAUGCUUAGAGAUGAGAACGACAACUCUCCGAUCUUUUCUCGUGCGCUGUAUUCUUCUCCCAUUUACGAGAACGAACCACCAGGAACUUUCGUAAUACAGGUAUCGGCAAAUGACUCCGAUAUAGGGUCUAACGCCAUGGUAUCAUACGCCGUUCUUGCCGAUGCCGAAGGUCAUUAUCAAUAUUUCAAAAUAAACGCUAAAAACGGUACAAUCACUACCUCAAGAAGACUGGAUCGAGAGAAUAUCACGACCUUCAGACUCAGGGUGACUGCGAGUGAUGGUGCACCCUUAUCGACUAUAAGGGUCUCUGUUGUGGAUGUCGUGGUUACUGUGCUCGAUAUCAAUGACAACAGCCCAGAAUUUGUCCGACCAUCGUACAACUUCAGCGUUAUCGAGACGGCACUACCAGGGGCUCUAUUGGGCAUAAUUAGUGCCGUCGAUCGAGACAAAGACUUGAAUGGUAAUAUUGUUUACAUCAUAACAGAAGGGAAUGUUGAGGGGUCUUUUAUUAUCGAUGCAAGAAGCGGUCUUCUUCAACUCAACCACACACUUGACCGAGAAGUGGUAUCCAAGCACUCUUUACGCGUAACAGCUUCAGACCGAGGUGGCGAGUUUAUGGCAGAUGGCAGCUCAUUGAACACAACAAUCAAUGUAACAGUCAAUGUCUUGGACUCUAAUGAUAACAUACCAGUUUGUAACAAGGUUUACUAUACCAUCAGUAUACCCGAGAACACCUCAGUCGGUCAAAGCUUGAUUCACCUAAAUUGCACUGAUCAAGAUAGUGGAGAAAAUGCACAUCUUCUGUACCACAUGGUCAGCGGCCACAGCAAGUUUGUUGUAGACAACGUAACCGGUAUAAUGUCCCUGAACAAACUGUUAGACUUUGAGGAGAAGCCCACAGUAUUUACCGUCGCAAUAGAAGUCAUAGACCAUGGGCGGCCGCCAUUGUCUCUGGUUGUAUUUGUGAACGUCACAGUUGAUAACGUCAAUGAUAACUACCCUAGCUUUGGCCAAGACAACUACACGUUCUGGAUCAGUGAGGGAGACUUUGCAGUUGACCAUGCGAUUGUAGGUGUAGUAUCUGCCCAUGAUCUAGAUGCAGACUCUAGUAACUGCCCCUUGUGUGGCAAACUGCAGUACACGCUUGGAAACUCGACAGGUCCGUUUGCCAUAGAUAAAGACACGGGUGUUUUGCGCGCUGUUGGAUCUCUGGACAGAGAAGGUAUCAAAAACUAUACCUUCAGCGUCAUUGCACAGGACUCAAUACCUAACAGACCUCUAGUGAAUGUCACCAUGGUGACUGUCAAUCUUCUUGACGUGAAUGAUAACGACCCGGUGUUUGAUCGAGAUGUGUACACUGCCAAUGUGUCUGAAGAUGCUUCGCCUGGUCUCACAGUACUGAAGAUAAGGGCAGUGGAUAAUGACUUGGCUUCGAAUGCAAAUGUUUCUUAUUCCAUUGUGAGCGGGAACACAGGCGCGGCCUUCCAUGUGGAUAACGUGACUGGGGAGAUCAAAUUGGUAUCAAAGCUGGAGCGUGAGAAAAUUACAAGUUACACCCUGACCGUGGGCUCAGCAGACGGAGGCGCGGUCCCAAGGCGAAGUACUGCUCUUGUGAUUAUAUAUGUUAUGGACGUCAAUGACAAUAGCCCCGUCUGCUUACACGACACGCAAACUGUCCGUCUUCUGGAAAACCUUCCGGCUGGACAUUUUGUGGUGAAGGUCGUCACCACUGAUCCAGACGAAGUCCAUAACGGUCGAGUUGAGUACAACUUGACCAGUGACGCCUUCAGGGUGGAUCCGUACACCGGCAUCAUCACCACGACUCGAGCCCUCGACAGGGAAUCCAUUCCUGCCUACAACCUCAUGGUCACAGCAAGAAAUAGCAACUCAUCCGACAUGGAAGUCAACUGUUCUGUGCACGUUAUAGUCAUGGAUACAAACGACCACACCCCAUCGUUCACAAUGGCAAGUUAUAAUAUAUCUACACCCGAGACAACCCCUGUUGGGAGCACAUUGUUUCGUGUUCGCGCCGUAGACGGGGAUGACGGUAUCAAUGCUGAAGUGCGAUACACUCUUAUGGGGGAAGAAAGUCUAUUCAGAAUUAACUAUACAACAGGGAUUGUCACUUUGGUAUCAUCGCUGGAUAGAGAAAACAAAGCGCAGUAUCAACUAGAAGUCGAAGCACGAGAUCGUGGAAUCCCUGAAUCGAACGCCAAUUCGACAACGAUUCUCAUCCGUGUGGGAGAUGUCAAUGAUAACCGUCCGACCUUCACGCAUGCGCAUUAUGAUGGGAAUGUCUUAGAGGGCCAGGUUGGAGCGGUAGCUGCGAUAGUGGUUGCGUUGGAUAAAGAUGAGGGAAUCAAUGCCGAUAUUGUUUACUCUAUAAUAGGAGGGAACACUGAUAACUCCUUCGCCGUAAACAACAAGAGUGGCUCUAUCUACACCCUCCUCCCCCUCGACAGAGAGACAACAGACAGAUAUAUUCUUACAGUGCUUGCAUCAGACAGGGGGGAGCCGGCCAUGAACAGCUCUACAAACGUAACAAUCCAUGUCAAUGAUGUCAAUGACAACAAACCAAACAUCACCAAUAACCCAGGAGUCGUAGUCACUAGAGAAAACACCCCACCGGGAUCACUGGUGUACAUUCUGAGUGCGUCAGACUUGGACGAGGGUUCCAAUGCACGUGUGACAUUCUCAGGGUAUGCUGUGCCCGAUGGGAAGUUCUCAAUAAAGCCCAAUGGGGAGAUUAUGGUCAGAGAUAGUUUGGACCGAGAAGCUCAGAACAGGUUUGUAUUCUACGCCAUGGCAACCGACUCAGGACAGCCGCCUUUCAACAGCAGUAUGGUCUCAUUCGACAUCCUAAUCGCAGACGAGAACGAUAAUAACCCUGUAUUUGACCCCGUGCACUACUCGGUGAAUAUAAGCGAGAAUGGCCCUUCAGAAGAAGUAAUCGUUCAGGUUAAUGCUAGUGAACGAGACGAAGGAAAGCUUCUAUUCAAAAUAUCGUCAGGAGAUCCUGGAGGCUAUUUUACUAUACAUAACGUUACGGGUGUGAUCAGCACAAGAAAGCCCCUGGACCGUGAGAUGGUCUCCCGAUUCGAUCUCACCAUCACAGCUGAGGACGAGGGUCGGCCAUCCCGGAUGGCUCUCGGCUACGUAACAAUAUUUGUCAACGACGAAAACGACUUUGCUCCCGUUAUCGAACAAUGUGAGCAACUUGUCAGCGUCAGCGAGAAUGCACAUAUUGGGUCAGCGGUCGCAUCAAUCAAUGCUGUUGAUAAGGACGACCCUAGCAACACAAAGAUUACCUAUAGUGUUGGGAAUAGCGCAUUUAAUAUCACGACGCAACGGCUGCCUUUUUCAAGCGGCUCGCGAUAUAGAGGGAUUAUUAUCACUGCUGGUCUCUUGGACCGAGAGAGGCAAGACAACUACAACAUUACGGUGACGGCAUCGGAUGGUAACCAUAUUGCAACAUGCAACAUAAUCGUCAGGAUAACCGAUGUCAAUGAUAAUAGCCCAGUGUUCAACCAAACCACAAUGAACAUCUCCUUACAUGAGAAUGUUUCAGGAGGGACCAAAGUCCUCGAGGUCCAAGCCUAUGACCCUGAUGAGGGACCUAACGCCCGUAUCACAUACUCGCUGAAAGGAGGAAAUGGUAAGUUCUUCAUAUCUGCUCAGUCUGGGAACAUCUACACGACUCCAGAGAACCUUGAUCGAGAGACGAAAGACUUCUUCAAUUUGACAGUGACGGCCAUGGACGAGGGUGGAAGAACGGGCGAGCUUACUAUCUUGGUGUUUUUACUGGAUAUGAACGAUAACAGACCUCGUUUCACCCAAUCCGUGUAUUACGUCAAUAUCACCGAAACAACGGGUCACGUGAUGGCUGGGGUCAGUGCUACUGACCAAGACCUAGGGUCGAAUGCCGUGAUCAGCUACCGGAUUCUUGGCGGAAACAUAGAUGAUGUAUUUAACAUUGAUAACGCCACGGGUGCAUUGACAUGGUCUAAUCUAUUUGACCGAGAGAGACCUCUGCUAAAAAUAGACAAUAACGGAAAAGCUGUAUACUCACUUCUGGUAGAAGCCGCUGACCAUGGAAAUCCUACAAUGACGUCAUCAGCGACGGUCCACGUUCUGGUUGAUGACAUCAAUGAUAACUCUCCGAUAUUUAGCGAAACCGUGUACUCAUUUACCGUCAAAGAAGACGCGCAACUCGCGCAUACUGUUGGUAAGGUGACCGCUGAAGAUAAGGACUGGGGCAUCAACGCGCGGCUCUCCUAUUCUAUCAACCAUGCUGGCCAUUCGCUGCCGUUUAGAAUUGACGGAAAUACAGGAAUCAUCAUUGUCAACCAGUCCUUGGAUCAUGAGACGGCUUCAUAUUACAAUAUAUCCGUCAAGGCAACUGAUAAUGGAGUGCCUGCCCUUUCCAAUACAACCCUUGUUGUAAUAACAAUCAUCGACGUCAAUGACAACGCGCCAGAGUUCAGUCAAUUAGCUUACCCUGUGAACGUGUCGGAAAGGACGCCUGGAGGCCAAGGGAUACUGCAGGUGACUGCCACAGAUGCAGACAGUGACGAAAAUGCGAAGAUUCAGUACUCGAUUGUCAGCGGUGAUGAAGGAAAAUUUGUCGUUCAAGAGUCAACUGGCGUCAUCAGACUGGUUGGUAACCUUGACUACGAGGCUGUGAUGUCAUACAAAAUUAAUGUUUCCGCCAGAGACUAUGGCAGACCUAGACUAGAGGCGUUUGUUGCUGUACAUGUGCAUGUAACGGAUGCCAAUGAUCAACCCCCAGUGUUCACGUCCUUGGUAUACGAGGCAAAUGUCACAGAGAAUGAAAGAGUGGGUACCAUGGUAACAAAAGUGGAGGCUAAGGACCCAGAUGUCAUGAUUAAUUCCAAGAUGACUUACUCUUUGCAUGGUGAUAUGGGAUAUUUCUCCAUCGAUGGCAUAAGCGGUGAAAUAAAAACGGCGGAAAAACUCGACCGUGAGGCUAAAGAGAUCUACAGGUUUUACGUGAACGCUACGGAUGAUGGGGACGCUCGUCUCUCUUCGCAAGCUGAGGUUGUUGUCAAUGUGCUCGAUGUUAAUGACAACCCACCAGUCUUCCCCUCGGACAGCAUCCAGUUGGCGAUACAUGAGGAUACUGCAGUAGGGUCUGUGAUCGGACAACUGCAAGCUUCGGACAAGGAUAAGGAGGAAAAUGCGAAGCUGGAAUACAAAAUUACACAAAACAACACAGAUAUUUUUGCUGUCGAAGCUAUGUCAGGAACUUUGACAUUGGUGAAGCCAGCUAAAGAUGCAGUCAAUCAGAACAUCUCUUUUGUGGUCACGUGUAAGGAUCAUGGUCGGGCACAGCACACAGCGAGUUUGCGGGUGUCUGUCUUUGUGUUCCCUGUCAAUCAAAAUGCUCCAAAGAUCUACCCAAGACACAUGGUCGUCAGUGUUUACGAAAAUGCAAGCAAAGGGGACAUGGUCGCCUCUAUCAACGCUACCGAUGCGGACAGUCAUGACCAGCUCCUAUAUACUAUUCUCGCGGGGGGUGAUGGGAGAUUUCAGCUGAACAGUUCGACAGGGGUGCUAAGUGUUGUGGAACAACUUGAUCGUGAGUCUACCGCUCAAUAUAAGCUAUUUGUGCUUGUGCAAGACAGGCAGUCCCUCCCAUACUCCGACUACGGCGAAGUGGAUAUCACAGUAAUAGACGUUAAUGACAAUCAGCCGCAACUUUCAAAGCUUACUGCUCUCCAUGUCGCUGAAAAUACACCUGUUGGCACAAGCGUCGGUCAGAUUUCCGCCACGGAUGGAGACGAGGGCGUUAAUGCCGAAGUGUUUUAUUACAUAUCAGGAAAUGCAUCAAGCUUUUUUAGGGUCGACAACAGGAGUGGAGCCAUCUAUACACUAAAAACCUUUGACCGAGAACAGGAGUCUUCCUAUAACCUGACCAUAAUCGCAGAGAACACUCUAGCACGUCCACGCUUGCGCAGUAAGCGCAUGUAUCACGUGGUAGUGGACGAUGUAAAUGACUUCCCGCCCUCCUUUAGUCGUCGAACGUACUACGCACAUGUUACGGAGGGGACCCCUGUAGGGACUCUAGUUAUCAAUCUGAACGCAUCUGACCCUGAUACGGAUUCCGGCAAGUCCCAUCUUGUGUAUCGGAUAAUCCACGAAAAGAGCAGUCUUGAGUCGUAUCGGUUUCUGAUGGACCCCGAGAGCGGAGAUAUAACUACCCAAUCUGAAAUCGACAGAGAGCGCAUUGCUAGUUAUAACCUAACAGUUGAAGUGCGGGACCUUUAUUGGCCAAAUCGGAACCGAAGCCAGGCUGUUCUCACUGUUUUUGUGGAUGAUGUUAACGACAACGCCCCAAGAUUUCCACAAAUCAACUACACGUUCUCAGCAAGUGAAUCUUCAGCUAUAGGUGAUGUCAUUGCCCGUGUCCACGCCGAGGAUAAAGACGAGGGAUCCAACGCUGUCAUAACCUAUCAGAUUACCCUUGGAAACGAAGAUGGCAAUUUUCUUCUUCAUCCUAUGACGGGUGACCUCACCAUUGCCAAGCCCCUGGACUUUGAGUACAAGUCCGUGUACACUCUCACCGUGAGAUCCUUCAAUAUAGACCCGUCGAGUCCGCUAGCAAGAGCCAGACGACAGGUGUUGACAUCGAAAUCUGAUGAGGCGAUUGUGACCGUUAAAGUAAAUGACGCGAAUGAUAAUCAGCCAGUGUUUAUAAAAGAUGUGUUCGUAGGAGGAUUUGUCUACAAAGAUUACACUGGAGGAGCCAUCUUGGCGGUAAAGGCCAUAGAUAAAGACAGCUUUGCAAGCGGGCCUGUCAUCUACCGUGAAACUAACCAAAGCCCAUCUCGCGCAUUGCUAUUAAACCCGCGAACAGGGCAUGUCUCUUUGAACCUGGCAAGCAUCCAUGUGAACGAGGCUACGAAGCGCUAUACUCUUGAAGUCAUGGCAAGUGAUAAUGAGGGGAAGUUUCCUUACAACAACUCCACUAAGACCGCGAAUGUUGUGAUACUGCAGUUUACCGAAGAUGACAAUGUUAGAGUAAUAGCUGGUGUGCCCCCUGAGUUUAUAAUGGAAAAGAAAAAUGAGUUAGAACGCAUUCUUGGAAAUAUAACAGGAGGAACAGUUAUUAUAAGCAACAUUACCUCACCUGCAAGCGACCCACGAUCAUCCGUUAUCGUCAUGAAGGUCGUCACGAAUGGAACGUUAUCUCUCCUGAACCAGGACGAUAUCGCUCGUAUCUUCAAGGAGAAGAAGGGCUUGAUAGAUGAUCAGUAUUCCAAGUGGCAUCUGAGUACGCCGAAAAGACAAGGAGCUAGCGAGGGGCAAGAGGUUGAGCCGUCCAUGAUUGCCAUCAUGGUGAUAGCCGUGCUGAUAGGGAUAGGCGGGAUAAUCUGCAUUUGUUUCAUGUGCUGUGCAAAAUAUAGGAGGGAUGGCAAGUCCUUUGAACCAGACGGUCAGUUGACCACCGAGUUUUCAGGUUCCAGUAACGGCGUCGCCUGGUAUUCUAUUAACAUCCCUGCUAUAGGAGCAUAUAUUGAGUCCCAUGCAUCGUCACGAACACAGACAAAGUAUGAUGUGAACUCAGAAGGGAAAUCGCCAAAACAAAUGAAGACGGCCAAUGGGAAUGUGAUGCAAAGAAUUGAUGGCAGUGUAACACAUAUCAAAACCACACCAGUAACACAACCAGCGACUGCUGAGGGAUCAACAACCAAAACUGCUAAUGAAUUGCAGGAUAUGACACUUGCCAUCUCGAGCACUCCACAGACCCUGUCUCCUGUCAGCGUUCCUACUCCCGCCACAAGGUCCGUGCUGAAGCGGUCGCCAGGCAAGACGAGAGCUAACAUUCGAGGAAGCCCAAGAUACCACGAUCACUCCCACCAGCGGGGCUCUCCAAAGGUAAGGUUUGACCUGAAGGAGAAUUUAGAUCUCGAUCCGCGCGAUGAGAAAGCCGGAAUGAAAGUCGUGAAAAGGGAAAUGCACAUUCCUAAAUUUUUAUCAACAUCGGAAGCCAUGUGGGAUGAAGUCGGUACUUCCUCGGGCGUGAAUAGCAAUUCUCCCGGGAAUUACUCGAUGUCGCGACAGUUGAGUAUUUCAGAUAACUUAUCGAAAUCAUCUUCGUCCCUGCACCUCAUCGGUCGGGACAGCUCUGAAAGCUCGGACGACGGUUGGUCUUCUGCACCAGUUCAUCUUUGUAACUCGGCAAACACUACAGCGUCAGCUUCUUUGGUGGCGUUCAAGACAAAAACCUCCUGCGCUCCUCCGGCGCCGCCUCGGAGGAUCGGAAGGCGACCCGGAAGGUCUCGUAUGCUCGAACCGCUGGUCGAAGAGUGUGAGUCUGAUUAUGACUCGGAUUCUAAUGAAAGUGAUAUCCUGGGGGGUGAGGUGUGGCAUUUAGGGGGUCUCAGUGAUGACGAAUCAACAUAUCCCCCCUCUGAUGAUGACAACACUACCGUGUACGUCGUUACCCCUGAUGUUGAGGAGAAUCCUGUAGGUGCUUACAAAAGCGAUGAUACUGACAAUGACUUUCCGAGCAACGCAACCCAGAUUAUGUAUAUUUAAAACUUUUAUCGAUGCACUAAAAUAAUAACUCUCGCAAUUAUCUCGCAAUAAUCACACAAUCGCAAGAAAAUAAGAAAAUUUUGCAAUUUAAAAUUGUGUACAUUAUUUGUUUGAAUAUGUAUGCAUAAUUGUAUACCUGAACGCUUUUAGUGAAAAUCGGGAUAUUACUAUAUUCUUCAUUUGCUUCCGACUAACCCAACCAUAACUUAGCUGUAAACUAUGCAGUUUACCUAAAGCACAAAACAAACUUUUUGCUUAAAAACACUUUAUUAAAAUAUCUUUAUAAAUGAUAAUGUGUGUGUUAAAAAUUGCUUUCUCUCUAGCUGUGCAUUAUUCCUACACACUAUAAAACAAUAUUGUGAUUGAAAAGAAUAACAAAAUAAUAAAAUCUCGUGAGCACAA